GGGAAUUACAUGUCACACGGGGGUUUCUCUGAUACUCUAUGUUCUCUCAGAUCGUAACGGCGGCAAAGGGGCUAUUUUCUCGACAGGAAUCCGACGACGCUUCCUUGGAAAAAACUCACGCUACUUCCGGUGCCUCAUCAAGAACUGCCAGCGCCAACACCCGGAAAAUGGUCACGGCCACGAGACAGCGGAAAUUUACCGCUGAGCAACCAUCCACCGAGCCCAAUGCCAACGGCUCGAUCGAGACAAGUGGCAAGCGCAAAUCCAAGCCCGUCAGCUCCGAACCUACCGAGAUGCAGAACAACAAGCGGAGGAAGAGGGCCAGCCUAGAGGCGGCGCCAGAGACGGAGGGCAACCCCUCGAGUAAGAAGUCGAAGACGACGGAGGAUAAUGAGACGGAGCAGCAGGAAUCUUCGGCGCCAUCCUCGAAGACCAACCACUUCCGCUUUGGUAGCGAAGAGCCAGAAUUACCGGAGGUCGCUGCGACAGAAGAUACUACGGAGACGCAGCAAGAGGUUCAAGACAGUGAAGAUGAGAGCAGUGAUGACGAAGCCCCAGAGACUAUCGACAAUUCUGCACAAUUGUCGAAGAUCAGACUAGAAGCCAAGAGACAGGAGAGGGCCAAGCAAAUAGAGGAGCAACUGAAGAGGGACAAAAGAAAACAAUUGGACGAUCUGCGCAAAUCUCAAGCGAAGCUAUCAAAGAAGAAGGACGCCGACUUGCUGUCGGAAAGCACAGAAACCCUCCAGGGAACCACCACGCAAGACGCUCGCCGGUCGGCUCUCCCGGCUCUCCUUCCCGAUGACAUCUUGAACGCAGCACCUGACGUGCGGCCUCCGACGCCUCCUGCUGAGGAAAGGAGCAUGAUGCACACAAAGCCCAACAAGCUGAGGUUCCUGGACAAGAAGGAGAAGCUGCCGAAGGAUGUGAGAAUGGGUGAUGUCACCAUCCGUGUUCUGGACGACACCGUAUCGAAGAAGCACAACAGGCCUGCUCUCCCACCCAAGGCCUCGAAAACUGGGCGGAACGCCAAACAGAAUUGGCUCAACAAAUCCCGCAGCACAGGCAGCCUGAACGGGCUAAGACGAACGGCGGGCACAUCUUCGGGAUUUGUGCGCAAAUAGCAGGUCUUUGGCGCUUUUCCAUACCACCGCGAGAAUCGAUUUCAGUCUUCUAAUCAAAAGUUCGCUUAGAAUGCAGCGAGAGAUGUGGUUCAUGACAUAUAGAAACCAGCAGUUUGCUUUCCUGGGUUGAUAAUGCCCGCUCCUAGGCUAGAUAGAUAGUAAAGGAUCCGAAGCGAUCUGAUACGUAGCUUCGCUUCCUCGGUACCUUUCGUCCCUGAAUUG